GCCCCCCCUGCGAGGCGCGGCGCGGUGAGGCGGCCCCGGGUCAGGGCUGAGGCGGCGGCACCGUGAGGCGCUGUCAGAGCCGCGCUGAGAGGGUCCGCCCAGCUCCGCACCGGGAUCCGCCGCCGCCGCCGCCGCCGCCAUGGAGCCCCAUCGCUGGCUGCCCCUGGAGGCCAACCCCGACGUCACGAAUCAGUUCCUGAAACAGUUGGGUAUACAUCCUGACUGGCAAUUUGUAGAUGUUUAUGGUAUGGAACCAGAACUGCUUAGCAUGGUGCCAAGACCUGUAUGUGCAGUACUACUUCUCUUUCCAAUAACAGAAAAGUAUGAAACCUUCAGAACAGAAGAAGAAGAGAGGAUAAAAGCUAAGGGACAAGAUGUCAAAUCAUCAGUGUAUUUCAUGAAGCAGACCAUUAACAAUGCUUGUGGGACAAUUGGGCUAAUUCAUGCCAUUGCAAACAACAGAGAUAAAAUGAACUUUGAAACUAAUUCCUCACUGAAGAAGUUCUUAGAAGAUUCAUUAUCUAUGACUCCUGAAGAGAGGGCCAAAUACCUAGAAACUUACGAAGCUAUUCGUGUCACUCAUGAAUCCAGUGCCCAUGAAGGUCAGACUGAGGCACCAAGUAUAGAUGAAAAAGUAGAUCUUCACUUUAUUGCAUUAGUUAAUGUAGGUGGUCAUCUCUAUGAAUUGGAUGGGCGCAAGCCAUUUCCAAUAAACCACGGGGAAACCAGCGAUGAUUCUUUUUUAGAGCUUCUUUUGGGUGCUUCUUUGUGUCAUGAGCUGAGAAAUUAAUUGGAAAAGGGAUACACUGAGCUGGGAGGAUAAACUGUCAUCCCCACAGAAUGAUGCAAAGUUGAAGUUGAGAGAAGGCAAUGCAUAGAUCUGAGUUUUAUGAUAUCCAGAUUGGAUUAGCAUUACAAAAGGAAGAAACCAGAGAAACUAAAACAAACAAAAUACAAAAUUAUUUUAUAGUUUAGUAGCAUAGACUAAUGUCUGUAAAGUUUGCAAAUAAUUUGUGCUUGCUUGGACAGGGGAAGAAAUUGGAUAAAGCUUUCCUUAUUCCGUAUGAGUCUUUUUCCUGUUUUGCUGAUAACAUGUGUUCUCCAGAUUGCACCCUAAAGCUAGAUGAAGGAAUUACUUAAAAUCUUUCAAUUACCCCACCCAGCUUAGAUUCAUCUUGAAACAAAGGAAAAAUUUAUGAAGGCAGCAGUACUAGUUAAGGCAAACUUCAGAGAUGCAUUUAGAAAGUUAGGAAAGCAACACAUUUGCUUGCACAAAGUAAUAUUCAGUAACAAAAAUCAUCAUUGUUAAGGUCCUUCAUAAAAAAUUUUCUCAUUUAGGCUGCCCCUAUGAGCACCGCAAGUAUUCUUGAGUAGUGGUAACUCACAUGAGAAAUACCAUUUAUGUAGGUUUGUCACACUAUUUAGUAAAUUUUUAUGGAAAAAUCCAUUUUGAGCAUAAUUUGGAUAGAGCAUAUCUUCAUAUUUCGGUUGUGUUUUGUUUGGUUUUUUAUAUAACAAAUAUGAUUUAUACUGUUUUUAAUUUUGAUUUUCUUUGUACUUUUCUUUCCCCUAGGAUGCAAUAGAAGUUUGCAAGAAAUUCAUGGAACGUGACCCAGAAGAAUUAAGAUUUAAUGCAAUUGCAUUGUCGGCAGCUUAAAAGCCUUUUCCAGUGAGGCAACUGUAUUGCAGUGUAUUGUAAAAAUAAAACUGUUGCCAUAUGUUAAUAGUACAAAUUUUGAUACUUCCUAACAUCUUGACUAAUUGUAGCAUACGUGGAAUAAACUUUGCAUUUGUCCUUGCUAUAUUUUGCUGCUUGUUCCUACAGCAACUUUGGGUAUUUCUAUACAGGCAUGCAUUUUGUGCAAGAUUUUUAUCUUGGUGGGUUUUUUUCCCUUCCUCCCCCUUAAAAGUUUUGGGACUUACUGUCUGUGAUAUUUCCUUGUAAUAAUGAUGAGCUGCUUCAGAGCAGGAUUUGUAUCAUGCACAAAUAACAUUCUGAGUGGAGUAUGUGGUAUGGUGAUAGCUGAAAACUUGGAGUAUGAGGCUAUCUCCAUCUUUUAUUGAUAAUGGUGCAAGAAUACUAUAAGAACUUCUUCAAGUGACUCAAGUGACAAAAACAUUUUUUCAGUGCAUUAUUUAUAAAUAAAUAUGUGGAAAAAAUAGGCAGAAAAAGGACUAUUCUUAUUGUUGGUGAGCACUAACAUUUUAAAAUUAUCUUAAUGUUUACAUUUUGAAUAAAACUUCACUUUGUUUCUCAAGUCUAAUAAUGUUAAUAAAUUGUCAAAAAACUUUAGUUAAA